CUAAAUAUUGCCAUGGUAACGGUUCAGGAGAAACAUCCCGUCAUACUUGCAAGACAUUUCUGUGUGCUUGAAGGAGUUAAUGCCACAGAUAAAAACGAUGAGGCAAAAAGCUGGAAUCCCCUGGCUUGUAAAAGAAACACCCAACGCUCCUGGUAAAUCUUCAUCAGAAAUGAACGUUGCCCCGAUGGCUUUCAAUUUGAACCAGAGCAGUGCGGUGUGUCUCCCCCUGGUCACUGACGGUCAGAGGCUUAUAUGGGUGCACUCAAGCGAGAUCAACCUACAGCUGGACGGUGCAGCAGAGCUAAACAAAGCCUUUGACCGAUUUCCAUACCUGACGGAGAAAAUGACAGCUGCACUGGCGCAGCGCUGCUCCCUGCACCCAGACCAGGUGAGGGUUUGGUUCAUGGUACAAAGGCUCCAUUAUGGCAUCAGCUGGGACUAUAAAGACAUACCCAAGGUUAAGAGGAAGAUCCUGUCAAGUCGGGGAAGGGCACAGGAAAAGCUGCAAAACAGCAUGGGGAAGGAGGUAAAAGAGGAUAAAGGAGAGAAUAAGAUAUGCAAAAGAGAGGUAAAAGAGCCAGGUGGGAAGAAGGCAGGUGAGGUUAGGGAGGAACAGAGUGCAAGUGAGGGAAGGAUGAUGGGAGAAAAUGUGAGGGAUAAUGAGCGAUUGGAGAGGAAAGCAAAGCAGGUGAAACCAAUGAAGAAAGAGAAUAGAAAAGUAAGAGAAGACAUAGGGAAUACUCAGAAGAAGAGGAAAAGGAGGACAGUGACAGACACAAUGGGAAAGAAGAGAAUGACGCAAUGGGAAGAGGGUGUUGUGGAGAGAGCAGUGGAAGAAGAAAUACGAAGUGAUGAAGAUGAGAGGGAGUGGCAAAUAAUCGCUCCACCCGAGACAACACUUUUCACCAGAAAGAAAAAGAAGUCAAAAGCAAAGAAAAGAUUACUGUCAGUCCAAGAGUGGCCUCCCCUAAAGAGCGUUGUUGUGCAAGAUAAGCCGCUGGAUGCAAGUCCUCUGCUCAGUCCUUCUUCUCAAACUCAGGCCUUUGACAUGCCUCUUCUCACUGAUAACCAGACAGAACUGCUGGUAAGAGGUGACGCUGUUCCCCCGUCCACCUCAAAUAUUCACUUGAUCCCUGUGAAAAGCGACGUUGAGGGUGAAACAGAAAGGCAGACAAAUGCAGCAGAGACAUCCAUCCCCAAUGAUGCCGGCCCUGAUGUUGGCAAACUGAAGGAGUUCAUGGAAGUACUCAACAAUCUCGUUGUUGCAGAGGGUCCAUCCAACAUCGCCCAAUUGGUGGAUUGUCAUGAGAUAGACCCAUACAGACUUGCCACUCGGCUCCGCAGCCAUAAAAAGACGCAAACCCAGAUGGCGAUGAUGAAGGUGGCUUUCUUGCACUGCCAGUAUCCAGAAAAAGAUGAAUAUAGCCGACUGGCCAACGCAAUUGACAUUCCCCGCUACAGGUUGACUCAGUGGUUCAGUGACAUGCGCUAUUACAUCAAGAAAGGAAGGCCACGCUGGAUGAAUAAGGAGCAGCACAGCCAGGCACUAGACAACAUCUGGCACCGGCAGUGCCUGAAUGCACUAUUAAAGACACAGUCACAAAUGGCGGGCAGUGUGUGCAGCUAUAAAGCAACCUGUGAGAUGAAGCUUGACACGAGUGGAAGCGUGCCGGUGCUCCCAGAGUAGAAAUAAUGACACAGCCUCUGUACAUAGUAUCCCUCUGGGGGCAAUGAAGAUGAAUCAUCUCUUCACAUUUGGAAAUAUGCAUCAGAUGCAGUUGUAAUUUGUAAUUUGUGUGUUGAUGUUUUGAACUUUCAGACAGAUGUUUGAUAGAAGGUUGCCAAGUUAAGACACAUUCUUAUAAAUUUUCCUCCUCUUACAUGUUGUUUUACCGUUUUGUGAUUAUGUGUGGUUAACAUGUAUCUUUAUCUGUAGUUGUUCCAAAAGAUACUCAUUUGCAAUGUAGAUGCAUUUUGACUUUGAUAAGUCACUUUCUGAUGUGCAAGUUUUUAUUGUCAUUCAAAUA